GACCUUCAUCUCUGCUACCAGCCUGGGUGCAGGACUGGACAUGAGGGUCUCCCAGCGGUGACAAUGGGGUGGAUUUAUUCCAGCACCCUCCCAGAGGCUGGGCAGUCACAAAGCAGCCGGCACGGCUGCCUUACAGAUUACAGCCGGUCGAGGUUGCCAUUCUCCAGCCAGAGGGACAGCAGCCGUGCACCAAUGAGGCUGGAGGGUCGGCAAAGUGGCUCUGAGCACCCCUGGGGACAAGCAACCACGCAGGGGCUGGUGGUGGCUGCACAUCACCCUGCCGGCUCGCAGGACAACAAGGGUGGACCAUGGCCACCACUGCAGCCACCACUCCCCGUGCUGGGACCAAUGGGAUCCCGCCCAGCCCACACGCCAGCGCGUAAAUAGGGGCAGGAGCGGGACCGCGCUCCUGCUGCGAGCCCAGCUCCCGGGAGAUACUGGCCGGGAGGGAACUGGCUGCUGGACGGGGCUCACCGGCGGCUGGAGCGUGGGGAUGUGCCGCGGCGGCACUGAGCCCCGAGAAACUUGGCACUCCAGAGACACAGGGCUCCAGGAAGCAGCGAGGCGUUCGCUCAUCCCGAAACAGCGCUGAAGCAGCAGAGCAUCACAACCCCCCUGGUGCUGGACACCGGCUCCCCCCGCACCUCAGUGCUGGACAGCCCACGGUCAGCUGGAGCACAGGUACGAGGCAGCUUCGCUGGGCAGGGAGAUGCCACCCUUUAACUCUUACCAAGCCCCACAGCUGGAAACAGGAUCCUCCUCUACAGGGUGCAAAGUGGCAUCUAUGGAUGCUUGGUAGAGCACCCAGCCAGGGCAACACAGGGGUAGAUCGGGGAGGACUGGGGCACGUUUCCUCUUGUCUUAUCAAGCCUGGCUGUGCUGCCGGGCUGCACAGAGACUGCUGCCUGGCACAAUGUCCCCACGAGCACCUGCAGACCAGCUCUGGCCAUGGGUGAUGAAGCUUCUGCUGCUGCUCCAGCUGCGUGCCCAUGGCCAUGCUUCCCACGCCUCCCCACUGCCCCGCAGCUGCCCCAGUACCUGCAUCUGCACCUCUGACCUGCUGAGCUGCAGCCGGCGGAUGCUGCAGCAUGUCCCCCAUGCACUGCCACCCACCGCCACCACCCUGGACCUCAGCCACAAUGCCCUCACCCAGCUCCACGACCGCUGGCUGGCCGCUGUCCCACACCUUGAGGCCCUCCACAUCAGUCACAACCAGAUCAAGGACCUGUCUCUGCAGGCUUUCCACAAUGCCUCCUACCUGCGGCACCUCGACAUGUCCUCCAACCACCUGCAUGCUGUGGAGACACACUACUUUGACAUGCUGGUGAGCUUGGAGGAGCUGCUGCUCUACAACAACCACAUCACUCGAGUGGAUGAAAAUGCCUUUGCUAAGCUGAGCGGCCUGCGGAAAGUCUACCUGAGCUGGAACAACCUCACCACCUUCCCCUUCCACUCGGUGCAGGGGCUGGGAAACUACAGCCUCCGCACACUGGACCUCUCCUCCAACAGCCUGAGCAGCAUCCCUGUGGAGCAGCUGGCAGCUCUGCCCGAAAACAUCAGGAAUGGUUUGUACCUGCACAACAACCCCAUCAGGUGCAGCUGCCCGCUCUACCUGAUGCUCCAGCACUGGAAGCAGCGAGGUUUCAGCUCUGUGAAGGAUUUUUUCGAGGAACAUACCUGCAGAGUGUCUGACAACGUGCCCCGGUCCCUCAUCAAGUUCCUCAAAUAUAACCACAUGUUUGAGAACUGCUCGACGGGCCCUGAAGACGUGCACCCCUUGCCCUUCCCUGUGAUGGUGGGCCAGACCCUUCUGCUUACCUGCAACACCAGCCUGCCGGCUGCAGCCACCACCUACAUGUGGAUCUCCCCACACCACGAGCCCAUCAAACACCCAGGGAACAGCAACCGCUCCUUGGAAGUCUACCGCAACGGCAGCCUGAAGAUCACAGCGGCCAAGCCCUGGCACUCAGGGGUCUACGUAGGCUUGGCCAUCAACAGCCCCCACAACUUCAGCAGGCUGUGUGAGGUCAACGUGACAGUCCACUACCCCAAGCUGGAUGGGGAGACCUUUAGCACUGGCCUCACAACUCUGCUGGGGUGCAUCGUGAGCCUGGUGCUGGUGCUCAUCUACUUGUACCUCACGCCCUGCCACUGCCUGAACUGCUGCAAGAAGCCAGCUCCUCUCAGCCCUCCGCAGGAGUGCAGCGCCCAGUCCUCCAUCCUCAGCACCACUCCCCCCGCCACUGACGGGCCCAACCGCAAGGUCAGUGCCAACAAGCAUGUGGUAUUCCUUGAGCCCAUCAGGGAGACACAGAAUGGCAAGAUCCGCCUGGCCCUUGGUGAGGACUUCCCUGACCCCAAGAACCCCAAGGUCCUGCAGCUCAAGUCAGACUCGGAGUCCAUCAGCUCUGUCUUUUCAGACACCCCCAUUGUGUCAUAGCGGAGCAGAGCCGAGUGCCCUUGUCAACACCGAGGCAUUCCAAGAGAUCUUCUCCUCCAUUGCUGCAGGAUUACUGAACACCCUGAAUUCCUGGCUUGACUGCGACCCACAAGGGUGAUCAGCACCACCCACAACUGCUUCAGCCAUGAGCUUCUGGUGGGUUUUGGGUAGGGGCAUACCAGUGCCUGGCAAGAGCUCCUUGUGUGAACAAGGCAAUGGCCUUGUUAGCAUAAGGGCAACGCUGAUGAAUCCAGCAUGACUGAGAAACCCCCACUUCAUGUGGGCACCCCAGCUCCCUAAUGCUGACACGGAGGCUGGUGGUCUGCCACGUCCCUGGGCAUAAGACCAAACACGGUGCCACCGCCACAGACCUCCACACCAAGGAAUAGCCAUGAUGAGUGCAGCACUGCCCUUGCUCAUGCCAGGGCCCCUGGGGGUGGCAAUGCCACCAUCCUCUUCCAGCCCCUGCCAUCCCCAUCAAUAUACCAUGCCUGGGAGCUCAGGAGAGCGUGACCCUGUCACAAGGGGGUUAGGCACCCUCUCCCCAGUGGUGGCCACGCAGGAGAGAGAUGCAGCUCAGCCCCUGACCAUGCAGCCAAGCAAACAUCGCAAGCUUUUGCUUCCCAAGAAGCUGUAAAUAGUCACGGCAGGAUUAGGUGAUGCGAUACACCACCCGACCGCAUUGCUCAGAGCUCCUCAUGCCACCAAGGACAAUGAGGUCUCGGAUGCACCACCCUCCUUCACUGCUUCUCCUUGAGGUGGACAAAUGCGCUGCUAAAGCACAGCUAUUUAGGCAGUAAUCUAAUAAGCCUAUCGAUAAAUGUGAGUAAUCCUCUCCUCUCCUGGGUUGUAAUUCUCUAGUUACAUUGAAAUAAAAAUGCCUAUUUUUUUAAGCUUA